CGUCGGGGCAGUGGUUCCCUCGAUACGGUUUCCCUUCCUGAUCACCGCAGCCUUAGAAUUCUUUUCUUGUUUGGCUAGACUCUUCCUGGGAACAUCGACAAGGUUUUCGAGUCUCAAACGCCCACACGUAAUACCUGACCGGAGGUAUAUCUCCGAUAUAUAAAAUCGUUUUUCCAUCUACGGCUCGAGAAGUACUACGACCUUCCACUUCCCCAACAUUAUGGAAUCAGAGUUGCUUCAUUUUGAUGUAUCUCCAGGAGUCCUUCUGGCGAUUUCGUGGUUGAACACCUCGAUGUAUGCAUCGCAGGUCGCUUUGAGUAUCUACUACUUGUGUCGCUUCAUGAUGACAAAGUGGCUGCGCUACUGGAUAUUGGCAUCGUUGGUCAUCGACGGGGCUUGUUCGAUCGUGGUUCUGGUCUACACUUACGAACUCCUGGUUAAUAACGCAGGUUCGCCCAUGUCUGCACGGACCCACCCGUUUGUACUCUUGUUCACGUACGCCUCUGCCUCGAUUACGCAGGCAUUGUUCUGUUAUCAGUAUUGGACGAUCUCUAGGAAUAAAUGGAUUGCAGGAUGCAUCAUGUUUAUCAUUAUAGUAAACAUGCUUUUCACUCUAUUCAUUGCCAUCUAUACUUUGCUCCAUCCGAAGGAACUGAUGUUAGCCUUACCGCUGGCGGCCAACAUAAUAUGUGCAGCAACAGACAUAAUUAUCGCAAGCUGCUUGGCUUGGACAUAUUUUGAUAAUGAAUAUAGCAUAUUACGUCGUGUCAUGAUACAGGCCUUAGCUUGCGGCUUCACAACAGCUAUUUCAACAACACUCGUGAUUAUCUUUCUUCUCACAAUCUUGAAUGCGCACUAUUCCCUCUUCGUUACACUCGGACGUAUUUACAGCCUCAGCGUUUUGUUAAAUCUCAUUGUGCUGAAGAGUAUGCAUCGUAACGAUCCAUGCACGAUGUGGAUAGAUGGAAAUCUUGGCGUUAGUGGACCUGCAGUUCUGGAUUCGAUUUGUGGGUUUGUCGCCGUGUGGUUUUCAGGAGAGACUAACGAGAUUGACUGUUGUAGUGUUUAAGAACACGUCAAAUGCC